AUGGUGCAAGCCGACUAUGAUGACUACACUAUUGAGGGUCAAAACUUUGGGAUUCGUUCCAACGGCGAGUUUAAUGAAUCUGUUGACAAGAACGAGGACCUUUAUGGCAAUAACUCUUUCACUAUGAGUAGAGUUCAAUCAAAGAAAGACGUUGAGAAAAGUAUGUUUAGACGACGGAUGGAGAGAAACGAAGAAUCAGAAGAGACUCAUCAGAUAACUUAUUCGGAAUUUCUGAAAAAAAUUACAUGGAACAGCGAUAGAAGUCUAUGGUCAAAAGUGGAAAGUUUUGAAGAGAUUCAAAGUGCUGGGGACACAAAAUAUGAUGAUUACAAAUCAGUAUCCUAUGAUAGAGGUCUCCUAGAUUCAGACUCCGAGUGGCAUGACGUGAUGGAUGAAGCAACUCAAUGAUACUUCCUUGUGGAGUUCAACGCCAAGUAUUUCCCGAGGCAGGCUCGUGAUCGUCUUCAGAUGCGGUUUAUGGGCAUUGAGCAGGGUUCGCGUUCUGUACGCGAGUAUGAUGAGGAGUUCAGCCGUCUGUUAGUGCAUGCGGGCUUUGGUAUGGAGUCUGAGCAUCAGUUGACGAACAGAUUUCUGGAGGGACUUCGCAAGGAUAUUCGGACUCUAUGCAGGAGUAGUAUGCACACUUCGAGGGCGAGUCUGGUAGAGUUGGCCGCGUCGGUUGAGGCGGAUCUUGGUGGGCCAGUUGGUCCGGUGGCUGUGCCGUCAGCAGUUGCUUCUGCUACCCAGCCUCGGGGUCAGCAUCAGCAGCCGCGACAGCAGCAGCAGCAGCAGCGCAGAGGUGGUUCGAGUUUCAGUUCUGGUUCUGGCAGGGGCGGUUUGCCUGCGCAGGGUCAGAAGAGGAGUAGAGAGGAGUUUUCUGAGAGAGUCAGCACCGAGGUGUGCUACUACUGCAAGGAGCCUGGGCAUAUCAAGCCCAUGUGUCCUAAGUUGCGGAGUAUGUCGGUGGCUUCGGUUCAGCCAGUAGCGGCUCAGCCAGUGAGUCAGAUCGCAGCAGUGCAGCCGUUGGGUCAGAUUGCACCGGCGCCGCGGGGUUACUCUUCGGUGGAGACUGGCGGGACUAGUCAGACCGGACAGAUCACAGGGACCUUGUUAGUGGGCGGUUUUGAGUCCCACGUUUUAUUCGACUCUGGAGCAUCGAAUUGCUUCAUUACACCGGAGCGUGCCGAGAAGAGUGGCAUCCGGAGUAGCGCGGGCGAGAGCGCGGGCAUGGUCAAGGUGGCGGGAGGUGGAUUCUUGUCUACUUUGGGCCGUGCUAGAGGAGUCGAGAUCGAGAUUGCGGGGCAGUCAAUGCCAGCAGACUUAGUCAUCAGUCCGGUGGAGCUGUAUGACGUUAUUCUCGGGAUGGACUGGUUGUCACACUACAGAGUUCAUCUGGAUUGCUACAGAGGUAGAGUGGUCUUCGAGCGAGAUGCAGGGAGGUUGGUUUAUCAGGGAGUGAGACCGACUUCCGGGAGUAUUGUGAUAUCUGCUAUUCAGGCCGAGCAGUUGUUAGAGCGGGGCUGUGAGGCGUAUCUGGCGACGAUUUCUAUGUCUGAGUCAGGAGCUGGAGUUGUUAUGGGAGAUAUUGAGGUUGUCCAGGAUUUUGAGGAUGUCUUUCAGUCACUGAAGGGAUUACCACCAUCUCGGUCUGAUCCUUUCACGAUUGAGUUAGAGCCGGGGACAGCACCGAUAUCGAAGACGCCUUACAGGAUGGCGCCAGCUGAGUUGGCAGAGCUGAAGAAGCAGAUAGAGGACCUUUUGUCUAAGGGGUUCAUUCGACCAAGUGUUUCACCGUGGGGAGCACCGGUGUUGUUUGUGAAGAAGAAGGAUGGCAGUUUCAGACUUUGUAUCGAUUACAGAGGUCUUAACCGAGUCACUGUGAAGAACAGGUACCCACUCCCGAGGAUUGAUGAGUUGUUGGAUCAGUUGAGGGGUGCUACUUGGUUCUCCAAGAUUGACUUGGCAUCGGGGUAUCAUCAGAUCCCGAUAGAUGAGGCAGAUGUCAGGAAGACUGCUUUCAGGACGCGUUAUGGGCAUUUUGAGUUUGUGGUUAUGCCUUUCGGUUUGACUAACGCGCCGGCAGCCUUCAUGAGAUUGAUGAACGACGUGUUCAGGGAGUAUUUGGACGUGUUCGUCAUCAUUUUCAUUGAUGAUAUUCUGGUAUACUCGAGGAGUCAGGAGGAGCAUGCGACUCACUUGAGGUUGGUUCUGGAGAAAGCUUCGGGAGCAGAAGCUUUUUGCUAA